AGAGCCUCAAUUAGAUUCUCUCGGCAAACAGCUAUUAUCUCCACUUCAGGCGGGUUAUCGUCUCUAAAACUACAUUAUUCUCCUCUAAACUUUUGACUUGUGACUUCGUUUCUUCACGAACACACUGCGGACAUAUCUCUCCAGAUCCCCGGGUUUAUUUCCAGUUCCUCGUCCCAUCAUGUCUCAGAACUACCCGUACAGACCUCCGCCCGCCGACUCCAAUCUCAGACCCGUUCCUGGACCGUACGGAUCUUCAGAUCGACGCUACGCCUCCUCUUCCACCACCCUGUCUUCUUCAGACUUUUACAGGCCGCCUCCAGAGUCCAUCCUGCCUCCUCCCUCGUCCUCCAGAGGUUCCUCCUGGUCUCAGGACGGGGCUCUGAGCAUCCUGAACAGCUUUGGACUGGAACCAGCAGAACUCGCUCUUCUUGCUGAACUUCCAGAAGACAUCCUGACCGUCGAAUCCCUUCCUCAAGUCCUCAAGCAGAUCAAGGGAAAGAGGGGCACCGUGAGACCUUUGAAUACUCCUUCCUCCUCUUCCUCUUCUUCUUAUCCCCCCAGAUCCUCCACCACCAGCAACUGGGAUCCUCCCCGCAACCAGUACCCACAGAGCCACUUAACACCCGGUAAUCUUUUACCAGAGCUGGAUAGCUGGGGGCAUCCCAUCACCUUCAACUCACCAUCGUCAUCCUCGUCCUCCAGCUACCAGGUGGACUUCAAACCAGGAGCUUCUGGGAAGACGGGCAGAAACAUGAGUCCAUUUCCCCCUAAAGACUACAACCAUGGACACUCUGAGUUCGGCAAGAAGGCCGAUGGUCCAGUUGUCUCUCAAGACUACAACUACAGACCAGGACCUUCUGAUUUUGGUAAGAUGGGCAAGGAUGCUGGUCCAGUUUCCUCUCUAGACUACGAUUCCAGACCUUCUGAUUUUGGUAAGACAGGCAGAAACGCCAGUCCAUUUUCCCCUAAAGACUACAACCAUGGACCCUCUGAGUUCGGCAAGAAAGUAGCUGGUCCAUCUGUCUCUCAAGACUACAACUACAGACCAGGACCUUCUGAUUUUGGUAAGAUGGGUAGAGAUGCAGGUCCAGUUUCUUCUGUAGACUACGAUUCCAGACCUUCUGAUUUCGGCAUGAUAGUUGCUGGUCCAGUUGUCUCUCAAGACUACAACUACGAUUCCAGACCUUCUGAUUUUGGCAACACGGGCAGAGAUGCCAGUCUAUUUCCCCCUAAAGACUACAACUACAGAACCUCUGAUUAUGUUCAGUCGAGUAGAGACGCCGCUCCACUUUCCUCUCUAGACUACAAACACGAAUCGGGACCUUCUGAUUACGGUAAGACGGGCCGAUACGCCAGUCCAGUUUCUUCUUUAGACUACAACCACGGAUCGGCACCGGCUGAUUUUGGUAAGAAAGGCAGCGUCGCCGGUCCAGUUUCCCCUAAAGACUACAACCAUGGACCCUCUGAGUUCGGCAAGAAAGCCGGUGGUCCACUUGUCUCUCAAGACUACAUCUACAUACCAGGACCUUCUGAUUUUGGUAAGAAAGGCAGCGUCUCUGGUCCAGUUUCCUCGCAGGUCCGACCCUCUUUCGGCUCUGCAGGACGGGACAAGAAACCCCGUCCUUCCUGUUUCUCUCAGCCGGUUCAGCAUUACGGUUCAGUUCCUCCUCCUCCUCCUGAAGAGCCGCUUCUGAAACCUGGUUCUGGUCGCGAUGGAGGAUCUGAGGUUUCUUCCAGGAUGCCGUCGAAGGAGAAAGCUCUGGAUUUCCACGGGAAGUCUCCACCAUCGUUCCCCUACUCUUCCUCUCUGUGCGACAUCACUGUCAUGUCAGAGAAGGUGUGGAUCAAACAUAUCAACGGGCCUCACCAUGCAGACGGACAGCUCAGCCUCCUGCAGCAUGCCGACAGCCAAUCAGAGAAGAAGAACGACGAGGCGAAACCCGCCCGGCAACAGGCAGCCAAUCAGAAGUCCUCCAACUCCCAGCCGAAGAACGCCCUCCAGAAGAAGGUGUCGGAGAAAUGUAAAGUGGUGUGUGUGAAGUUUCCGGCUCAGUCUGUGGACGAGGCAUACCUGAAGAAACUCACCGAACCAUUCGGGAAGAUCGUCAUGUUCCCGUCUCUGGCGUUUGUGGAGCUGGGCUCGGCGGACCAGGCAAGGGAUUUGGUGAAAUAUCACGAAAACUUUCCUCUGACUGUGAACGGAGCGGCGAUCGAGUUCAAACUGUCCAACACCUUCAGCUUCCUGCAGAGCUCACGGGUGGUGAGUUUCUGCCCGGCCCCGUCGGGCGAUGACAGCCAAUCAGAUCUUCUGACCAUCGUGAAGCGUUUCGGGGAGCCAAUCCUCACCCUGUUCCUGCCCUCCAAGGCGUACGUAGAGAUGAAGGACACUCCUGAGGCUCAGAAGCUGGUGGACUUCUACUCCUCCAGAGCUCUGAAGAUCAACAACAACUCCAUCACCGUGUCCUUUUCCGGAGAGUUCAAGACCCUCUCGGGAGUCGCAGCAGCAAAGAGCUACGAAGAAACGAUUUCCACCAAGAGGACGAGGAGUACGAGUCGAGAGGAAGAAGGCAAGAGGAAGAGGAGGAGCAGCAAAGAGAGGUCCAGGUCCACAGAUAAAAACACUAAAGAGGACAGAACCAAGUCCAGGUCCAGAGAGAAAUCUAAAGAUAAAGACAAGAAGAAGUUCAGGUCCAGAGAGAAAUCCAGCAUGAGCAAGUCAACCAGAACCAGGUCUAGAUCCAGAGAGAGGUCGAUCAAAGAGGAAAACACCAGGUCCAGAUCCAGGUCCAGAGACAAGACGACCAGAACUAGAUCUAGAUCCAGAGAGAGGGCGAUCAAAGAGGAAAACACCAGGUCCAGAUCCAGAGAAGAGUCCACAAGAGAGAGAAGGUCUGGCUCUAAGUCUAGGUCCAAACAUACAUCCAGCAGAGACAAGACGACCAGAACAAGGUCUAGAUCCAGAGAGAGGGCGAUCAAAGAGGAAAACACCAGGUCCAGAUCCAGAGAGAGGUCGAUCAAAGAGGAAAACACCAGGUCAAGAUCCAGGUCCAGAGACAAGACGACCAGAACUAGAUCUAGAUCCAGAGAGAAGUCGACGAAAGACGAAAACACCAGGUCCAAAUCCAGGUCCAAAUCCAGGUCCAGAGACAAGACGACCAGAACAAGGUCUAGAUCCAGAGAGAGGGCGAUCAAAGAGGAAAACACCAGGUCCAGAUCCAGAGAAGAGUCCACAAGAGAGAGAAGGUCCGGCUCUAAGUCCAGUCCCAGAGAGAAAUCCAGCAGCGGAUCCUCCGAGAAGAACCAGACCGAGACAAAGUCUGAGGAACCGGAAGAACCGGAGAAAACUGAGAAAACUGAGAAAACUGAGAAACUGGAGAAAACGGAGACGACCGACUCUGAUCCCGUCACAGACAUGAAACCUGCAGCUGAGGAAGAGGAGGAGGAGGAGGAAGAGGAAGAGGAGUCGUCUGCAGAGGAGAGCGACCUCGAGGGGAUGGAGAUGAUCGGAGAGGAUGGAGAGAGUCUGGAGGAAGACGAGGAGGAGGAGGAGGAGGAAGAGCACCGUCCUGCUGAGAGAACAGACUCACCUGGAGAAGGUCAAAAGGAGGAGGUGAAGGAUGGAGAGGAGGUGCCUAUAAAAGAGGAAGAGGAGGUGCCUAUAAGGCAGCAGGAGGAAGAGGUAAAUAUGGUAACAUCUAUAACUAAGUGGAUAACAGAAGUGGGCCACCGUGAUGGAGGGACUGAACAUAGGAUCGGACCAGAUACAAUGGAACCAGCAAAAGAGGGUAUUCCAAUGCGAGUUCAGCCCCCGCAGCCCAGAGGGAAUAGAAAAAAGCGGAGAGAGCUCCUUCAGCUUCGAUACACAAAACAUGACAGAUCCGACCACGGUGCCAAUAUCGUUCUAUCACCCAGAAAUGGAUCCCCGCCUCUCCUUAGUCAGGUCAUCACACUGGCUCAAUCACCAAGCCAGAGACCAACUGAUGAACGAAAAAAGGGCAGAGGCGCAAAGAUCUUCUUAUAUCCACAAAAAGAAACGAGAAAACACCAGGGGAGGAUCAAGAGCCCUCGCCAGGGUGAGCCGCCUAGUAAACGAAUCCAAGUUAAAUUGGAGCACACCGUUCCUCAAAGAAGAGGUGACCCUGGAACCAAGGCCCUACUACCUGAGACCAUUCAAGAAGCCGCGGCUCAACAACUAGAACAUGUUGAGCAACCUCCCCAUGAAGAUGAAGAAAAGGUGAAAAAACCACUCACCUUCAAAAUCACAGACAAGACAAAAAAUAAAUGUGACCCAGCGGACGCAAGACGAUGCGCGUCAUGGGCAGGAGAGUAUGUUGCAGGAGAACCCGUAGGAAUAUCACACAAUGUCCCACCAGGGUGGGUGAUAGCCACAUGGGGAGGCGACUACUUCAUCUGUCCGAAAGAAAGGUGUCCGUCUUACGGGAAAUGGCUGGACAAUGAAGAACCUCCCGUGCAUAUACAAGAUGCCUUGAAACCUCUGAUGACAAUAGUUUCAGAGGAAAAUGAUUUCCAAAGCCAGCAUAACCUGUUCGUUCUCCCAGAAAAUGAGGAUUGUGAUGACUGGCACCCGAUUGUUGAUGAUCAAACCAAAGGAAGAGCAGUGCUGUACACCCAUAGUCCCAUCGGAGGAUACAGAAAGUGCUGCAUCAGGUACUUUUCCAAUCCUAACAACUGGGACACUCUCGCGGGAUUCCGCUAUGGGGAAAGAGGUUUCCACCAUUUAACUUAUAUCUGGAAAUAUGAUGAAAACUGGCACCGAGCUCUGCUUGAUCGCUCAGCAAUGGUGUGGCAGAAUAAAGGUGAUAAAGAAUUCAACACAAAGGGGGGAAUCAAAAGCCUCCAAGUGACAUGUUUCAAAACCAACUCCAACAGCUCAUAUUUUGCAAUCACCGACGAUGGAUGUGGAAACAUGUAUAUGCUAACAGAUACAGGACGAAAUGGAUGCUAUGGAGAAGUCUGAGACAAACCGGGAAGUGCAUGGGCCGGAUGGAAUGAAGAUUUCAUAGAUGGUCAUGAUGGAAGAAGCUACAAAGGACACCCGGGAGACAGAAGUGUACCGGGAGGACGGAUACCAAGACCAAGGAUGAAGAAAAAACACAGUUCCAAAGGAGGAUGUUGAAGAAAGAUAGAAAAUGGAACAAUGUAUUUUAUUAUAUAAAAAGCUUAAAUAUGUUAAAAACGGUGUUAAAACUCUGUAUGCCAUAGUCAUGUAUCGUAUAGUUUAAUGCAAUUGCAACAGGAUGUAUAACAAGGAAAUGCUGAUAUGGGUUCUUUUCAAGGCCGAUGGAGCAACGUAUGCUCUGUCCUCGGGGAGAGUGAACUCUAUAACCCAAAGCAACAAACAGUGAAAUUCCUUAAUGUCACAGAAUCUUUUAACUUCUGUCAACAUGUGUCUGGCCCAACGCAUAACAAAGGUAACACAUUGGAUCUCGAUUUCACAAGUGGUCUAAAUAUCAGCAAUGUUUGUAUUGAAGAGCUAUCUGUUUCCGACCAUAAAGCCGUACUAUUUGUCAUGUCGUUGGAUAACGCUUAUGUUCAGGGGAAGCGAGUAAAAACCUCGCGUAUUUUAAAUAGCGCUGCGGUUGAGAAAUUUGUAACAGCUUUUGACAACAAUGUUUUGGUGUCGCAUGUUGAUGACGUUGAUUGUCUCGUCAACGCUUUCAAUACACACUGCUCCGCCAUUUUAGAUGACGUCGCUCCCAUGGUGACACGCAGCUCUCUAGCUGUAAACACAUCCCCCUGGUUAACAGAGGACACCCGUAUGCUGAAACGGCUUUGUCGCAAAGUUGAGCGGCUGUGGAAAACCACCAAUCUCCAGGUACACCGUCUCCAUCUGAAGGACCUUUACUGUGAUUACAACAAUUUGGUCAAAAAUGCCCGGGCUACCUAUUUUUCUAACCUCAUCUCCUCUAGUAAGCACAACCCCAGAGUACUAUUUAAAACCAUAAAUACGUUUGUAAACCCGUCCACCCCCUCAGUUCCUAUUUAUUCAAACGACGACUGCGACCGUUUUCUCACCUUUUUUAUAAACAAGGUAGCUGAUGUGAGGUCGAGCAUCACCCCCUCCCACUCCCCCCUCCCUAUCUGUCCAGUGAGGCAGGCCACGCUGAGUAAUUUCUCCUGCAUCACCAUAGCCGACCUGACCGCUGUAGUGAGCGCUAUGAAAUCCUCCUCAAGCCCUCUGGAUGCUUUAACGUCCAUGCUAACAGAAGUUUUUUCAUGUGUCGCUCCACCCCUGCUCCACAUUAUAAACCUCUCCAUUGCCUCUGGCUCCUUCUCAAAAAACCCAAUCUAGAUCCCUCCCUCCCGAAUAAUUACAGGCCCAUCUCAAAGCUCCCAUUUGUGUCAAAAGGUUUAGAAAAAGUUGUUGCUAAUCAACUCAAUACAUUUCUGAAUGACAAUAACAUCCUUGACAAAUUCCAAUCAGGUUUCAGAAAACACCACUCCACAGAAUCAGCUCUCCUCAGGGUCUCCAAUGACAUCAUGAUGGCAUCGGAUGCAGGCGAUUGCGUGGUUCUGGUGUUGUUGGACCUGAGUGCAGCGUUUGACACAGUGGACCACGCCAUCAUGCUAGAUAGACUCAGGGAGUGGGUAGGCAUCUCAGGGUCUGCCCUCCAGUGGUUUGCCUCGUACCUCAGUGGGAGAAGUUUCUCCGUGGCGGUGGGCCCGUUCUCAUCACACAGCACUCCCCUAUCCUGCGGCCUGCCCCAGGGUUCUGUUUUAGCCCCCCUUCUUUCUGCCCUGUACAUGCUCCCAUUGGGCUGCUUAAUUAGCCCAUUUGAGGGUGUCUCGUAUCACUGCUACGCAGAUGAUAUCCAGAUAUACUUCUCUUUCAGACCCGUCAAAAUGGAAAAUGUAAACACCCUCAUCACAUGUCUGUCUGCCAUUGAGGAGUGGAUGUCAAGCAACUUCCUACAGCUCAAUGCAUCAAAAACGGAAGUCUUGAUCUUAGCGGCUGAUAACAUCGCCUCUAAGGUAGCAAGCCACCUGGGUUCUUUCAGUGGUAACGUUAGGGCAAACAUCAAAAACCUUGGUGUAACUUUCGAUCAGUCUAUGCUACUAGACAAACACAUCAAACUCCUGACCCGUACCUGUUUUUUCCAUCUCAGGAACAUUGCCAAACUCAGGGGCUUUCUAUCCAACGCAGAACUGGAGAUGGCUAUCCAUGCCUUUAUUUCAUCCCGGCUUGAUUACUGUAAUGCUCUGUUCUCCUGCCUCAAUCAAACAUCAAUAAACCGGUUACAACAGGUCCAACAUGCUGCAGCCAGAUUGCUCACUCGCUCCAAAA